UUCUUUAUCAUUGUGAAGGCAAACUUAACGUAGUAUGGCCGUCAUUUGGAAGUAUUCACAGUUUUACUUCCACAAAGAAUACGCGAUAAACAUUGCACAGAGCGAAUUAAGAAAGACAUUUAUAAAUAAAUUCUUUACGCGAGUGACAUAAACAUUGAAGCAGCAGUGAAAUAAUAUUAAUUGUUUUUAAUUCGGUCGCCUUCUGUUUUCUAAUUUUUCACGGAUUUCUUGUUUUUAUCCAAAAUGUGGCUAAUCAGUCAACCGAACGGAGUGAUCCAGGAGGUGAAGGCAGAACCCAACUCCAUUGGACAGCAGUGCCUGGAAAGAUUAUGCGAAAAGCUGGAGAUUGGCGCCGAGUCCGACUACUUCGGGCUCCGCGUGUGUCCCGCCUCGGGGCCCAGUCGCUGGCUCAAUCUGCGGAACCCACUCGACCCGCACCGCAUCCCCAGCGGCCGUCUGGACCUCAGAGUCAAAUUCUGGGUCCCUCCCCACCUCCUGAUCAACGAACCUACCCGCCACCAGUUCUAUCUUCACGCCAAACUUGAUCUCAUCGAAGGCAGACUCGUCGUCGCCGACCAAGAAGUGGCCAGAAGAAUCAUAGCCUACAUAGCGCAGGCUGAGACCGGCGACUGCGAUGCCGAAGUGCCACCCGCUGAUAUCUACGAUGAAUGCGACAAAAUCGGACCUCAAGGCGAGAAACCUGACGAUCAUUUAGAGAAGAUCAUCGAAUACCAUUGCGAGAUAGCCGGCAUGCGCGCGUCGCAGGCGGAAUACAGGCUUCUAAAAGAGAUAUCGAAGCUGGAGUCGUUUGGGGAGGAGCUGUUCUUCUGCAAGCCAGUGACGCAGUUAAACAACGCUCACAACCUGUACAGUCACUUGCUGUAUCACGCGCAGCAAGUUGAAGAGCCUAAGACUCGCGACGACCAGGAGAUAGACGGGAGUGGGACGGUGGGGUGCCUGGCGACGGGACAGACGGGCGCGGGCUGCGGCUGCCGGCUCAGCACGUGCGUGGGCGUGGGGCCGCACGGCAUCGUGGUCUACCGGCCCGCGUGCAACGGGGAACAGGAGAUCGGAGUUGAAAAACAAAGCAUCCCGUACACAGCGAUCCACCGCGCGCAGCCAAUGCGGCGCAACUUCCAGCUGUCAUACGUGACAGGGGAGGGACACGAGGCCACACUUCACGUCAAGAUGGCGACCUCGGGACAGGCGGGCGCGGUGUACCGCGCGGUGACAGAGCGACACGCCUUCUACUGCUGCGAGACUGUUCGGAGUGACGUCACGGAGCAGUUCAUUAGGGAUCUGAAGGGCACAAUCGCCUCCAUCUUCAACGACUCUACGACGUUGGGCCGUCGCUACGUGUUCGACAUCCGGCGCACGUGCCGCGAGGUGCACGACGGCGCACGCCGCGCCGCGCACGCGCACGCCGCCGCCGCGCACGCGCACGCGCACGAGCCGCGCGCGCGCCGCCGCGACACUGGGACAGACAACAAGGAGUCCCGUGGUCGCUCCCGCAGCGGCGGCUCAACCCUCGCGUGCCGCGUGUGCAUGGACAGCGCUAUGGACACGCUGUUCCUGCCCUGCAGACACGUGGUCUGCUGCCAGGAGUGCGCGCCCAGAUGCGAACGAUGCCCGCUGUGCCGCGGUGAGAUCGAAAAAACCAUGCACAUUUUCCUGCCUAUCGAGUAUCAGAGGAGCGCACUGCUCAUCGACAAAUGAGCAUCGCAUAACCGACAUUUUGCUCAAAAUGUGACGGUUGUCGAUACCUGGCGUGCCUGCGUGUGUGUCUAGUCAGCGAGUGUGACGACCCCUUUACCUGCCUAGAAGGGUUAUUGUGGUAUUUGUGGUCCCUUGUGGAAAAAGUGGGAUUGUAUACAGUUAGUAAAGACUGGUGUUCGUGACCUAAUGGUCAACAAAAGUGCAUUUUUUUACCUAUCAUUAAGUUGAAAUGUUCGGAAUCCAUAUGGAAACGUACUUAAGCUAACAAUUAACCUUAGUUUGUAAUACCUUCGUUUUAGAAGGGUGAAUUGGAAAAAAAGAGGAAAAAUAAAUUUAAAAGUGGAAAAAUUACUGCCUUGGGCGAGACUUGAACUCACGGCCUCUGGAUAGAUACUCCAGCGCUCUGCCAACUGAGCCACCAAGACCUCAUCCAUAGUCAGCAAAUCUUCCCACUAUAUGGGUCUAGGGGAUCCUAGCGACAUCUACCGUAAGAGUGUUACACUUCUUAAACAGCCACCGGAGUUCCAUUGGAAAUUCACCAGUUACGAUGUGCUACCCAUUCUAAAUUAAUUUUUAACAAGCAGAAACGUCUGCGAUCGAUGCUAUUAAGCUUAGAAUAAAUUUAAAAGUGGAAAAAUUACUGCCUUGGGUGAGACUUGAACUCACGGCCUCUGGAUCUGGAUCAAGUUCAAGUCUCACCCAAGGCAGUAAUUUUUCCACUUUUAAAUUUAUUCUAAGCUUAAUAGCAUCGAUCGCAGACGUUUCUGCUUGUUAAAAAUUAAUUAAGAGGAAAAAUAUUCGAAAAUCAGCAAAAAUUCUGUAGAAUUAACUAUGUGAUAACUGAUUAGCAAUAAUUUCUUUAUUAUUUCUGUUUGCACUGACUGGGAUUCUAUUUUGACUAAGUUUGUAUAGAGAAAAAAAACCUACCCCUUUGCAUUUUGUAAAUUCUUGCCUUUAUUGGACUGUACUUUGGAUCAUUUAAAAUUUCCUUACUUUAAAGUUAAUUAUGUAAGUUAAUUAAAAACGUAAGACCCGUGGUCUGUAAGAUUUAACGAAUAAACAAUAAUUAAAGAUAUUAAAAUAAACAAUAAUUAUGUUAAAACUA